AUGUCCGGAAAAAUUUUAAAUGAUUUAUCUAAAUUGAUAUUAUCGCUAUUGUUCAUUUUUGCAGCAACUUUCCUAUUCCCGAAAGGAUUAGCUACUCAAUAUCCUAAUCGCCAAAUUUCCUUGCAUAACUUUAAGGAAGAUGUUAAUAUUGGAUUGAUACCAAGAGUCUGGGAGCUCUUGGGUCCAUUUUCUACUGGAACACGUGAACAAGAUUUUGGAGCGGAUCCUUUGGAAGCUUACGGCGGCUUUAGGAAUUUGAGUUUUUCAAAAACACAAUCAUUUCCUUCAGAGUUGGCAGAUAAUGGAACAGUAAAAUGGUCAACUAUAAUGGCAAAUACGGAUGGUUCUGUUGGCCCUAUACAUUUUAAAAAUUUGAGGUGGAAAUUUAAUAGAGACCCGUUUGGCUGGGCGAUGAAUCAGUUUCAAAUGUGGGCAAGAGGAUAUUUUGAGCUUUCAGAUUCGGAUCUUAAAGAUAAAUCUGAAUCAAUUCCGGUUUUAGUUCAAUGUCAAAACAUUGGUGAUUUUUAUGUAGAUGAUCAAAGGCUCUUUGGUGAUUGGUAUGGGUACAAGAAUUCUUGGCAUGUUCUUUAUCUUCGCCCUGGCAAGCGUGUUAUCAACGUUCGUCUGGUGAAUGAAAUUCGGAUCUUUGGUGGAAAUAUUCCGCCAGACAUUCAGUUCCAAUGUUUUGUACGAAAAUUAGAAUUUAACCAAAUUGGUGCGAUGGUUCUAGAUAACACUGCACUUGUUCCCGAUUUGGUCAAUGGUUUUUUGGCUGGGAGUUUUGCCAGCGUUGCGGUUUUGAACACUCAAGAAAAGUUUUGGAUCACUGUUUCCAAGGUCAAUGUGAUUAAUAAUAACGUUAAU